UUCAACCCAUAACGUAAAUUUUUGAUUCAUGAUUAAGUCGAAUGACAAGAAAUUAAACUAAGGAUAUUAAGGUUAUUAAAGGAUUGAAAAUAAUAAACACUUUUCAUCGUGCUUUUGUGUUACUUCUCCAAAAAAGACGAAGCAUGGGGGAACGUUAUAAUAUCCACAGUCAAUUGGAGCAUUUACAAUCGAAAUACAUUGGUACAGGCCACGCUGACACAACGAAGUUCGAAUGGCUCGUGAAUCAGCAUCGCGACUCUUGCAGUUCAUAUAUGGGACAUUAUGAUUUAUUAAAUUUCUUUGCGAUUGCCGAAAACGAAGCUAAGGCACGCGUUCGAUUCAAUCUUAUGGAGAAAAUGCUGCAACCUUGUGGUCCACCUCCAGAAAAGCCAGAAGAUUAAUAUUUUAUGAAGAAACUCUUCUAUAUGUACAAGAAUGUAUGCAAGCAAUUAAACAUAUUCUACGCUGUCUUGAGUAAAUCAAUCACUUUGUAUAAUUCGUACUUCUGGCAGAGAAUAAAAUGUGUAUUUACUUAAUUGGAAGUGUCUGUUACAUAAGUGCGACAGAAUAAACUGUUUUAUUAUUAAAA